GUGGCAUAGUUUUGACAGGUUGGACAGGGUCUGGAUGUAGCUGCUGCAAGAAUAUUUAUAGAUAAAUUCUAAAAAUAUUGUUAGUAAGGUAAAGUUCGCCUUCAUUAGCACAAGCUAUUUUUCUAGCCAACUAUAAACAAAUUUUACAAUUGAUCUACCGUAUCAAAAGCCUAACAACGGUAAGCGAUUAGUAAGCUUCACAGCCGAUCUACUGUAAAACUUACUUUGCAUAUCAAGAAGUGAUCGCAAAGGACGGAUUUACUUGGAAAUGUGUGGGGUGGCGGGGAGUGCGACACCCCCUUUUUUGUAUCGAUGGUAAGUUCUACUUUGAUUCGGUAAAAAGCAUUUUUUGCUAUCGUUUUAUCUUGUUUAUCUUUAAGUUAAAAACUGAGAUUUAAAGAUAGGCGUCUUCAUCAUGUUGUAAAUUUAUUGCAAAUUCAUGAAUUUAUGAAAAGUUUAUGACGUCAUCGAUUUGAAACCAUGACGGGAUGUGUAGAACCCAGACUCGUUUCCUUGGAAGAACAAAUUUAGGCAAAGUGUCGAAAUGGCGUCAUUCAAAUUUCACACAAAUCCAUUUUCCUCGCCAGUUGGACAGAGAAUCGAAAGAGCAACAGACAGCAUUUUGCCAUCAGAAGACUGGGCCUUGUUCAUUGAGAUCUGCGAUAUUAUCAAUGAUACAGAAGAAGGGGCAAAAGAUGCAGUGAAGGCCAUAAAGAAGCGGCUAUCCAACAAAAAGGAUUACAAAAGUCUUAUGUACACAUUAACAUUGUUGGAAUCAUGUGUCAAGAACUGUGGGAAUCGUUUUCAUGUAAUUGUUGCAAAUAAAGAUGUUCUUGGCGAUCUUACAAAAAUACUUACUCCAAAGGGUACAGUGAGUCAGAUUCCACAAAUUGUAGAAGAGAAGAUCCUAAUGCUUGUGCAAUCAUGGUCUGAUGCUUUCCGUAACUCAGAGCAGCUGCAAGCAUUUGUUCGUUGCCAUGAGCAUUUGAAAGCUCAAGGAUAUGAGUUCCCAGCACAGGAUAUUGACUCUCUAGCACCAAUCCAUACACCCAAAAGGACAGUGCCGGAAUCCAACACACCAAGACCAGCAUCAGCAAAUCAACUACCUUCCAAUAAUGGACAGCCAAUGGUGUUUCCUCCUGCUGUCCAAAGAACAAAUUCAGGUCCCACGAGUCCAACGCCAACACAACUGGCCAAACUCAGGGGUGACCUUAACACUGUAGAGGAAAAUGUUCGUGUUAUGUCUGAGAUGCUGACAGCUUUGUCGCCAGAACAAGAAGAAUCAGAUGAUAUGAAUUUGCUUAAGGAACUGAACUCAACUUGUCGGCAAAUGCAACAAAGAGUGAUCGAGUUAUUGCAAAAGGUAGCCAAUGAUGAGGUGACAGGCGAAUUGCUGAGAGUUAACGACCUGCUUAACAAUGUUUUCAUCCGCUACGAUCGAUUUGAGCGAAACAGAAGUGGGUUCAUGAGCUCGCAAUCACAGCCGUCAACGGCUGUUGCUACUGAUGGACCCGGAGAAGUAGUGAGACCAGCAGCUGCAAGCGGAAAUUCAGCAGACCUGUUGAUUGACUUCGGCGACGCACCGACAUCAGCCCCACCCCAAAGUGUUCAAAAAGUACCUGAUGAUGACGAAUUUGACAUGUUCGCUCAAACAAGAAACAGCUCGUUUGCAGACAGCAGAAAAAAUGGCUCGACGUACGAAGAUAAUAUCAAUAACGUACCCACGGAAUCGUUUUCGGGAGCAAUAGCAUCUAAAGCUCCGUAUGUGAGUGCGACAGACAAAGAUCAAAAGGGAAAAAGUAUCGAAGAUGACAUGCAAGAUGUGGAAGAAUGGCUUAAAGAUGUGGAUUUGAACAAGAUCCAGCCAACCAACCCACCUCCUCCGCAAGAUGCUGCGUCACCUGAGUCAACCGAAGGUGGCAAAAAGCAGGACAAACCUUUAACCAGUGACGAAUUCGAUCGCUUUCUAGCAGAACGAUCGGUUGUCGGCCAGGAGAGGAUCGCGUCGACACGCGGGAACUCGGGGGCUCCGAGGCAAAUGCAGUUAAUGGCGGGAGAAACUCAAGAGGAGGGCAUGUUUGCUUUGUGAGCAAUGCGACCAUGACAUUGGUUGAUUAGAAUUGGAUUAAGAUUAGUAAUUUUUUACAAAAUAUUGUACAUAUCGAGCAGCUAAUUAUUGCCAGAAGUGUCAAAAUGCACCUUGCUUGGUAAAGAUUGCGGAAUGUUUUUUGACGAACAACUUAGAAUGAAGGAUGAUACAACUUGCCGUCAUCAACACCAUAAUCACCAACGAUCAUCAAUCAUUUAUCAUCAACAAUCAUCCAUCAUCAACAAUUUAUCACCAAUCAGUAAUUAGUAAUCAGUAAUCACCAACAGCA